CUGUAAUAAUAGGCAAACAGUCACGAUGAAAAGUCUGAUAUCCUCGUUUCCCCGGCUACAUAUAAAUCUAUCAAAACCUUAAAGCCACUCUCUCUGCCCCAUGCCCUGUCGUGUGAAGUAGCGUGAUAAGCAAGCAGUCUUCACGAAAUUUUUUGAGUAACAUUGUUCUGUAGACUACUUGUAUGAUUGGGUUUCCCCCUCACUGUCGCUAAUAUUUGCAGGUCAACUUCUGUUUUCUGGUCUCUGCUCCAGUGAAGUUCAUGGUAUAUUUAUAACUUCUAAAAUUCAAGUAAGGCAAAGCAAAAAUGAGUGAACCCAACACAAAAGAAGAAAUGGUUAAGAAACUAAAUGAGACCCUGGAAGUUGCUGACCCAGAAAUCUUUGAAUUAAUCACUAAAGAGAAACAUCGUCAAAGCAAAGGGCUUGAAAUGAUAGCGUCAGAAAAUUUUACUUCUAAAGCAGUUUUGCAAGCUCUUAGCAGCUGCCUGCAUAACAAAUAUUCAGAAGGAUUGCCAGGAAUGAGAUAUUAUGGUGGUAAUGAAUUCAUUGACCAAAUUGAAGUUUUGUGUCAAAAGAGGUGCUUGGAGGCAUAUGGCUUGAAUGCAGAACAAUGGGGUGUCAAUGUUCAACCUUAUUCUGGUUCACCUGCUAAUUUUGCUGUCUAUACUGGAAUAGUUGAGCCUCAUGGACGCAUCAUGGGACUUGAUCUACCUGAUGGAGGACAUCUCACACAUGGUUUUUUCACAGCAACAAAAAAGAUUUCUGCCACUUCGAUAUUUUUCGAAUCAAUGCCUUAUAAAUCCGACCCCAAAACUGGUUUAAUAGACUACGACCAGCUUGCUAUUACGGCGAGACUAUUUAAGCCGAAGCUGAUUAUUGCCGGGAUCAGUUGUUAUUCACGUAACUUGGACUACGCAAAAUUCCGUGCAAUUGCCGAUGAUGUUGGUGCCUAUUUAAUGGCUGAUAUGGCUCACGUUAGUGGCCUUGUUGCAGCUGGAGUCGCCCCUUCGCCUUUCCCGUUUUGCGACAUUGUAACGACGACUACUCAUAAAACACUCCGUGGGCCAAGAGCUGGUGUGAUAUUUUUCCGACGCGGUCCAACUAAUGUGCCUGGCAGCUCAUAUGAUUUCGAAAAUCGAAUAAAUCAAGCUGUAUUCCCCGGUCUCCAAGGUGGUCCGCAUAAUCACGCAAUUGCUGCGAUUGCUAUUGCCAUGAAGCAUGCCAAAACCGAAGAUUUUAAAUCUUAUCAGCAGCAGGUCGUGAAAAAUGCACAAGAGCUUUGCCGUGGGUUGCAAGAUCUGGGUUACAAGAUCGUCACUGACGGUACGGACAAUCAUUUGAUUUUGAUGGACUUGCGUACUGUAGGAUUGACAGGUUCUAAGGGUGAAAAGAUUUUGGAAGAAAUCGGGAUUGCUUGCAACAAAAAUACGGUUCCCGGUGACAAAAGUGCUUUCAAUCCAAGCGGAAUUCGCCUCGGAACGCCUGCCCUUACCACUCGCGGGCUACUUGAAGCUGACAUUGCCCGGGUUGUUCAGUUUAUUAAUAAAGGGUUGCAACUAGCCCUGGAAAUAUCAGCGAUUUCGGGUCCUAAGCUAGUUGAUUUUAAACGGGUAUUGCUCGAAAACCCGCAGAUAAAUGCCAAGGUACUGCAGCUAAGGUCAGAAAUCGAAUCAUUUGCACUCGACUUUCCUAUGCCCGGUUAUGACAUUUAAAGGAUUUAUUUUUUUUUUAUUUUGAGUUUUUUCUGGCAAUUUUCUGUUCUUCUAUCGGGAUCAGCAAUAAUAAAUCGCUUUUAUCUUUGUGUCGGGUCAGCAAUAAUAAACAUUACAUAUCUUGUAA